CCCGAAACGAUCGCGGUACCGUCCCCCGCUCCGAUCUAGACUGUGAGCUUUCGAGUCGAGUCGCGACCAUGAGGCCCUCGGUGCGGGCGUUUUCCGCUAAGUGUUGAGGAUAAGUCGGAUCCCAGCCUCGCGCCCUGGAUUAGUUCACACCCGCCGCAGAUUGCCACGCUUUCCCGCUCGUUUCUCCCCUGUGAUAAUUAAAUCAAUGGCUGAAAUGAAUAGGUGAUCCAGGCUGAGAUGUUAAUCAAAGAAUAUCGCAUUCCGCUUCCUCUCACCGUAGAGGAAUACCGGAUUGCGCAGCUGUAUAUGAUAGCGAAAAAAAGUAGAGAGGAGAGUAAAGGCACCGGUAGUGGCGUCGAGAUCCUUCUCAACGAACCCUACAACAACGGCCCCGGCGGGAACGGACAGUAUACCCUCAAAAGGUAUCACAUAGGAAAUCAUCUUCCAGGAUGGCUGAAAAGUCUGCUCCCGAAGAACUCCCUCAUCACGGAGGAGGAAGCGUGGAAUGCGUACCCGUACACGAAGACGCGCUUCAGCUGCCCGUUCCUAGAAAAAUUCUCAGUAGAAAUAGAAACUACUUAUUUGAACGACAACGGUUACCAGGAUAAUGUGUUCAAUUUAUCGGGCAGUGAUCUCCGGAAUAGGGAAGUUGAUUUAAUAGAUUUUGUAAAAGAAAGACUGCCUGCCCAUGAGUAUCUGAAGGAAGAAGAUCCGAAAUUAUAUGUUAGUCAGAAAACCGGCAGGGGUCCUGUCACGGAAAGCUGGCUGGACGAAUACUGGAAUGAAUGCAGGGGUAAGAAUACACCAUUGCCAAAUGGAAAGGCUGUUAUGUGUGCUUACAAAUUAUGUAGAGUUGAGUUCAAAUAUUGGGGUAUGCAGUCAAAAGCAGAGAAAUUCAUUCAUGAUAUUGCUUUGCGGAAAACGAUGGUUAGAGCUCACAUUCAAGCCUGGGCGUGGAUGGAUGAGUGGUGGGGUCUCACGAUGGAAGACAUACGGAAAAUCGAGCAAGAGACGCAAGAGGCCCUCCGAAUGACAAUGGGUGGUGAUAGUAAUCAGGACAUUUCAGAGGAUGAAGAUGGUGAGACUGCAAAAACCAUUACAGCCAAAUCGUCCUCGACAGCUUUAAGUAGUACGGAUCAAACUGAACAGGGUAAUGUAACUUCAGAAAGUGUGAAGAGGCCACCAUCGCACCCUACUACCUUAAUGCCGAGCUCACAUGAACAUGCAGAAUCUAGUACAAAGCCUUCUGAUAGCCAAAAGAAGUGGCGGCACGACUCCAAACCGCAACUUCACUCCCCCAAUCAAAACUAUGAAGCUCUUGCCUCUAGUUGGAGAAUGGAUAGUAUUGUAGGUGAUUCAGACUCAGGUCAGAGUGAAGAUGAUGAUGAAUUUUUCGACUGUCAAGAAAACGCGGAAGAUUCGUCGUCAUUAGCAAAAUGGAGUUCGAUGGAACUCCUGAAUGAAGAUGAAGCAGAUCCUUCUCCUUUGCCAGCAGAUAAACAAGAUGAUAGUAUAUUUUCUCAAACAUUCUUAAAACGAGCUGCCAGUGAACGAGGGCGGAGUGUUGAUGUGUCGUGUCCUGAUUCGCCUCUCCCUGCAGGACACGUACAGACGUGUAAAUACAACACGCUACUCCUCGUUUUACAUGCCGGUAGCGUUUUAGAUGCGAAUAUUGAUACUGCUGCCAAAAAAUCUGAUGUCUUAACAUUCCGGGGAGCAUUUGAAUCUGUGAUGCGUCAACACUAUCCAUCCAUGCUUGGUCGAAUAGCCAUUAAAUUAGUCUCUUGCCCAUCAAUAUGUACUGAUAGUUUAAGUAUUCUUUCAAGUUUAAAUCCUUACAGUUUUGAUGUUUCGCCAUCUUGUUCGGAUGCACCUCAUGUGACACACGAUUCAAUUCCAAUCGGUGCCGUUCCUGUCUUAGCUAGUUCUGCAAAUGGAUACAAGGAAACAAUUAAUAAAGUGAUAGCCGCUGCCAAUAAAGUGUACGCUGACUUUAUCAAAUCUCCAGAAGGGCAGGGUUUCAAUGGACAAAUUUGUUUCAUAGGUGACUCAAUGGGUUCAAUUUUAGGAUAUGAUGCUUUAUGCCGUUCGGGUAAAGCUGAUGAUGACAAUCUAGAGUCUGAAACAGUAACAACAGAGGAAGCCAUCAGGCACUUAGAUUCUACCAAAUUACACGUUUCAGCGCCUUCCAGAAGAUCAUCAGCUGGUGAACAUGGCGGACAAAACAGACUUGAUUUUGAAGUGAACGAGCUUUUCAUGUUUGGUUCUCCUCUAUCACUUGUUUUAGCUUAUCGAAAAAUUUCUGAACCUGAUGGGAAAUCCAAUCCAAUCAUGAGACCAGGUGUAUCACAAGUGUACAACUUGUUUCAUCCGACUGAUCCCGUUGCUGCUCGGCUAGAACCACUCUUAUCUGCAAGGUUCUCAAUGGUCCCUCCAGUUAAUAUCCCGCGUUAUCAAAAAUAUCCUCUAGGAGAUGGUCAGCCAUACCAUUUGCUGGAGGUUGUCCUUGCCAAUCCUCAGAUAUUUUCGGAAAAUCUCACUGUAGCCACAACAUUCCAUGCCCGUAGAUUAUCCGAAGCCAGUAUUGUAAGCAAUGUCUCUGGCGUAAUGGACACCUUACCCAUCUGUACAAUUAAUCAUUUGGUCCAAAAGUGGUGGGGUGUGAAACGACUGGAUUUUGCUCUCUACUGUCCGGAAGGACUCUCUAAUUUCCCAACGAAUGCACUUCCGCACUUAUUCCACGCAAGUUAUUGGGAAUCAUCCGAUGUGAUAGCUUUUAUUUUAAGACAGCUUGGUCGCUUUGAUUUUGCUAUGAGUAUGAACAAUGAUGAAAAAGAAAUGAGUGGAUUCAGCCCUGCUCAACCACGAGAAAAAUGGAUAAGGAAAAGAACAUCUGUCAAGUUAAAGAAUGUGACGUGCAAUCAUCGUGCGAAUGAUGUGAUCGUCAAGGAAGGCGCCACUCAAACUCUGAUCGCAAGAUUCAUGUAUGGACCCUUAGAUAUGAUUACUCUUACGGGUGAAAAAGUAGAUGUCCAUGUGAUGAAAGACGUUCCUGGUGGAGAGUGGGAGUUGAUGUCAACUGAAGUCACGGAUAAAACUGGACGCAUCACGUACACAAUUCCUGAAAAUAAAGCUCUCGGAUUUGGUAUCCAUCCUGUAAAAAUGGUUGUCAGAGGAGACCACACAUCUGUAGAUUUUUAUCUGGCCGUUGUUCCUCCGAAGACAGAGUGCGUAGUAUUCAGUAUUGACGGUUCUUUCACUGCCAGCGUAUCGGUAACUGGACGAGAUCCAAAAGUCAGAGCAGGGGCCGUCGAUAUUGUGAGGCAUUGGCAAGAAUUAGGUUAUUUAAUAAUUUAUAUCACUGGGCGACCAGAUAUGCAACAAACACGGGUUCUUUCAUGGCUGUCGCAACACAAUUUCCCGCAAGGUCUUGUCUCAUUUGCGGAUGGUCUCUCCACAGAUCCUCUCGGCCACAAAACUGCCUACCUCAAAAAUCUAAUCCAGGAGCAUAACAUGAUUAUUCAUGCUGCGUAUGGAAGUAGCAAAGAUAUAACAGUCUAUACGAACAUAGGUCUGAAACCUCGGCAAAUCUACAUAGUCGGCCGUGUGAGCAAAAAACAUCAUUCUCUAGCUACUGUUCUAAGUGAAGGGUAUGCAGUACACUUGUCAACGUUGCUGUGCCACGGUGGCUCACGACCUGCACAGGGCAACGCUCGCAUGGUCCUCUCUCCAAGGGGUUGUUUCGCUCACAACUCGUCGCUGCGGAGAAGAAGGUCAGCCAAAAGAACAACAUCCUUCCCCCUUAGCAGUGGAAAUCCUGCCACUUCAGUUUUAAAUAUUACAACAGUUCCGGAGCGUCGAUCAGACAAGCUCUGACGAUGGUCACUUUUUUGUGUCAAUAAGAAAAUAAACGAGGAAAAUUGAGUACUCUCUCGGUCACAAGGAAUUCAUCUAUGUGCUUUAUGGUUCCUGACACCUGAGAAAUGGCCUCACUCAAUAUUCUGGCGUCUUGCUUUCGCGCAGACAGAAAAUCCAUUCCUGCCAUUUGAAGUAUUAUUACUAGUAACUCAUUACCUCUGAUUAAUUCAUCAAUCAGUAAGCUAACUCUCCCCUUACAGUCAGAUUGAAUUUAUUUGAGUGUCUGAUUUUGAUAAUGUAAAUCAUAACUAUUAUAAGAGGUUCUCAAGGAUUUGUGCAUUAGCCCCUGAAAAAUAUUGUUGUUGAUUGAAAGUCCUGGUAUUUCUUCCCUGUGUUCUCUUUUUCCUGAAACUAAUUCUGAACCCUGGAAAAUCCAAGAAUUCUAAUCGUUGGGAACUUUUAAAACUUCCAGAACUUUGAUUUUUUCUUCCAAGAACUUCUCUUUGCAUAUUAAUUUUUCCCGGAACCCUUCAAAACAUCAGAAUCCCUCUGGAGUGUUUGAACCUCUCAUUCUACAGGAAGCUCUGUGCACUAUCUUAAUGGGAACACCUUUUCCUCUAAAUAUUUGAGCAAUGCUGUAGGCAGAGUUAUCUUUGAUUAUCCCCUAUCGUUUUCAAUUAUUCUCGACAAACGCAGCUCAAAUUUUUUGUUUUUGUUGCUAUGGUAUGUAAAAAUACUAGGCCUCUCAGAAAAAAGAAGCUAAAUCUAGGAAGAAUUUUGUGCAAAUCUGUUCCGAAUCUACUUUUUUCAAAACAGUAUUUUUAUACGUUCUUGUAUUUAAGGGAGAUUUGAGCACUUGAUUGAACUUAAAUGGCCGUCUAUUAAAUUAAAUUUUGCACCAUUGUUGUCAGGUGUUUUGACUCUCCAAAAGCACUAAAGAUAAAAGCAUCUUUUUUAACAUGAAAAUCUCAAUUGAAUCGUUUAUUUAUGACAAGGUGUGUCAAAUCUACACAAGCUCUGGAACUCAUGCGAUGUAAAGUAAAUCAGGGUCUGUGAGCUUUUAACGAUUAGGUCAUGUUAAAAAAAUUUCAAUACCAUCAAGACAAGACCCAUAAACUCUCCAAAGUACAAAAUUUUUCUUGCCCUAAAGUGCUCCAGUCUCUCUUCGUGUGCUUGUUUGUUAACUCUGUAACUCUCCCUGGGUUUUUUAUGACUCAUUCGACCACUCUGCAAAGCAGAAUUAUUCGCCGUUUACAUUAUAUUGUACACUCUGUGCGAACUUUAAAAUCAUUCAUAUCACUUUACGAAAUAGGGUUUUGCACUUUUUAUUUUAAGCACUGUGUUGUUUGCUUUUUGCUACCAGAAAUGGGUACGAUUUUCAAUUGAAUCCCCGAAAGUUAGUAUUUUUAUUACCUAUAUGAAGUUUUAUUAUCAUUUAAGAUGUGAACUGGUUCCUCUUGGCAUCUUGACUUACCAAAUGGACUCUUUAAGUAUUUUCAAUUAAUUAAUUCGCAACCUCUAGGUUACAGUUGAGUUUCAAAUUUUGUUUAAGAUUUAGUGAGCAAAUAUCAAUUGCAAUGGACCAAUAGACAAGGUGCAAAUUUAAGCAUAAUGAUACACGAAAUUUCGUGAAGAAGGUGAGUUGUACAACAAAAACUACUGAAAAUAUCUUCUUACACAGAUAUUAUUGUUUUUUGAUGCAUAGAUUCAAACUUCCUGCUCCUAAUUUGCUUGAGUUAAAUCGCACACUAAUCAUUACCGUGGCAGUCUCUGAGGUAUGAAAAUAUUGCAACCUUAAUCUUGGCAUUUUGACUCAGUUUUUGCAUGUUGUUCACACUUCGAAAAAUACCAAGUGGGGAAGGAACACUUCUUAUUGAGAAACCUGACAAAAUCGUUGUAAUGCGCAAUUUAAUUCAAGUAGGCUCUUGUCCUUCUUUGAGCGGGAAAUUCAAAGUUUACCUCACCAAUGCUUGAUAAAUACGUUAAUAUCUUGGUUAGCGCUUAAUUUUAGUAACUUCUGUUGCACGAAAUUAAUGACAAAAAUUAAAAGGAAUCAUGUUUUGCGUGAAAUUACCAAGAGGACGCAUAUAUCAGAAUUCUUAAAUUCGUACCUUGUCCACUGGUCUAUUCAAAUCAAAUUUCUCUGUUUCAAAUUAUUUGAGGGUGAAAAAUGUCUUUCAAUACCUGUAGAAGACCUGUCUCGCAAGUUACUGAAAAUCUUAUGCUUUAUGAUACAAAAACGCCUUAAAAUUCAGGAGUUCGAAUUCGUCUUAAACCUUCAUUGAUUGAUGAACUUUUAUACUGAUAAUCUGUUUUAUUUUAAAGUAUUGAUUCAGUGACAUUUGGCUUAAUUCAAAAUUUAUUUAUUUGUUUAUUUGUUUUCUUUUCUAAUUAUGAAUAUUGCCUUGUCAAUUUUCACUGCUCAAGUGUCCAAAGUAAGUGCAAAAAGAUGUCCAGAAAAAAGAAAACUUUAAGAGCCAGUCUCACCACAUUUGGGUGAGACUUGUCUUUCAGUUUAGUUUCUAUUUUAUUUUUUAUUGUAUCCCAGAGAAUCCGCAAAUAUUAUUCAGACUUAGGAAAAAAUCUGUGUGCGGCUUAGUUUUUCAAAAAUUAUCAUGAAGUUUUACAAAAAUGGAAGACUAAGUUAAAACAGAGACUAUGAAACUGGCUUUGAUCCUCAAAAUGGAAUUAUUUGGCCAUCAUAUUUCACUCCUGUGUACAUUAAUGCAGUUAUAAUAAUUGCCCGCAACACCUAUCAUAGGAAGAAAACCUUAAGUCCCUGGCUUGGCCCCAAAAGAGUUCCCAGUUCACAGUUUCAUCAUCUUGAUUUUUUUUUUUUUUUUUUUUUUUGUGCCUCAGGGCUGUUUUCCGAUUAAAAGAGGCUCAGGCGAGGUUGUUGGUCACAGAAUCAAGUUCAUUUAACUGUUUUUUUUAAAAAAAAAUAUAUAUAUGGAUUGCUUUUGGCUGAAAGGAACUGAGUUACAUUCAGAUACAACAAAUUAUCCCCAAAAAAUUUAACAUAUUUUCAGUCUUAUGCCUGCAAAUUGUCUGUGUGAAAAGUUACGGAAAUUAUAUUUGUUGAUCGAGGAAAAUCUGGGUCAGUUAGGGAAUUUUUCCUGUCCGUAGACGCCCUUGAAAAGCAAUUCGACGGCACAACUCCUAAGCGACAUAUCUUGUCUUAGGUGUUUUAAAAUUUCCUAUCCUGUUUUAUUUUUUUUUAAGGAGAAAAAAUCAACAUCUCUCCUUGAAGUUUUCAUAGAAUUUUCUUUGCAUUGCGACGAAAAACACGGCAGUUUUUAAGAAUUUCUAUUGAGAAGUUUCCCAUAUGAAAAAAAAAAAAAAAAAAAAAAAAAAAAAAUCACAGUAAUUCCGCAUCAUCCCAAACCGAGGUAUGUGGCUUGUGACGUGCACCAGCGAUUUGCACGGCUUUGGUGCCAACUACAAGUCAUUGAAGCUGUUUUAUCGAGUCAAUGCCUGUUACUCCCUUUUGAUCGAUGGAAGACACUCUCUGUGCACAUCUAUAUGUUUCCUCUUUAUGUACGUUAAUUAGUCCCUUACGGACGAAUUGUUGUCUGUUGUAACCUACUUAUUUGGGAUAUGUUGUAAGAUCUUAUUUACUUGUUUUAGGUUUUAUAUCUUUUAAUUUCCUUCUCAUUUUUUUUUGUUAUAUCACUUUACCUCCUAAUUUUUCUAUUCUGAUUCUAGUUGGAUUUGUUGAAUGUUUGAAAUAUUUAAUAUAUUGUUGAUGAAUUUUCGGUUUUUGUUAAACAGUAGUAUAUAUUCAGAACCUGGUGAAUGUUUUUGCUUUUUUUAGAUGACUGUUGAUUCUUGGUGUAUAAUUUGUAAGUUGUUUCUUUAGAGAACUAUUUUAAUAUAUUUUCUCCAUUUCCCCCAAUUUUCUUUUUUUCACACUCCCCUCCCGUUUUGCUGUUUCUUACUUAAUCUCAUUGAUAAUUCUUCAUGAAAAUAAAUGGGUUUACUGUUUA